UUGCGCCCCUACAGCUGGUCCGGAGCAAGUAUGGAUGAGAACGACGUGUCUGACUCCAGGGUUCGCUACACGGACCAUCAGCUUCAGAAGCUCGAGGAGAUCUUCAGCGAGCACGCCUUCAUCAACGGCGACCAGGCGGCGCUGCUGUCUCGUGAGCUGGGGAUUUCCCUGAAGCAGACCAGGACCUGGUUCCAGAACAGGCGAGCCAAACUUCGUCGCCGUGCCAUCAAGGCCGAGGGCAAGAACUACGUUCCCAAGCUGUCACCGGGGCCCAUCAGGAUCUGCAGAACUCCGCCAUCGCCAAGCUCAGGGACUGGAAAGGUGGUGUCUGCAGCAGGACCGAGGGACGGCGUUUUGAAGCCGUCGAACGGCAGGUCCGACAGCCAGAUGCUCAACGUCCCGUCGUUCAGCAGCCGCUCGCUGUCCGACUCUCCGGUACUCAGCAGCGCGGACGAAGAUGACGUUUUCCUUUGCGUUUCGAGGUGA